AUGAUUAAACAAAAAGGUAAUAAUAUUGAAAAUAAUCAACAAACUAAAAUUGCACGUGAAUUUCUACAUGAAAAUACUAUACCAAUUAAUGUUGAUCAAAAUAAAUUAACAGCAAAAUUAGAUAGAGGUAUAUUAAUUUGGGAAGCACCAUAUAUGACAACAUCAUCAACUAUAACAACAUUAACAAAUGAUUUAAUUGAUAUUCCAGGAUAA